CUGAUUCGAUUAAAUCGGUUCAGCAUGAAAAACUAUUCUUCACGCCUAACUCAAUUCUUGCGCAAUUUACAGCCCAAUGAAAAAGAGGGAAAGGGAUUUCUGGCCUAUUCGGUUUGUUCAUAACAACAACGACAACUCAUUUUGGAUUAGCCAGAGGCCGAGAAACCUGAAACUCAAUUCGAAAUGAUGAACUUGUUAAAUACCGCGGCAGAGCAGCCAUCUCUGCUCUAAACCUCUUCAAAAUCAAACAAGAUAGAAUAAGUAAUUUUUUUAAUGGUAUUAUUUUCUCAUCAACCAAACAGAAGCCAAAUUGGCAACUCAUCCUUCGAUAGUUAUCCAUUCUGAAUCGGCCCAUGUUAAUAUCGUUAGUCUAUUGAAAUGAUUGUCUCUAGAAUUGGUCGCUCUCUCUCCUGCUCGUCUAGUUUCAAUUUCAAAAAUAAUGUAAUAUCGAGAAAUCUGUUAUUGAAUGAAACGCAUAUACCAAGGCCUGUCGGAAAUGCAUGCAUUUCACACGUCAGUCAAGGGUUAGGGCUGUUAAGGGGAUAUUUUGCACUAGCUGAAGCUGGGAAGAAGCUUGUUCUCAAUGCACGAUUGUCUAUUUUGGAUUCGAUUCUCGGAAACCCUAGGAUUAGGCGGCUUUUCUCCAGUGGUGGUCCUAAGAAAAGAAUAAAAAAGAUGUGGCUGAAAAAGAUAAAGCAUGUUGAAGUAAAUGCCUAUCGUAUUAGUUUCCAAGAGUUCAAAAAACUCCUCGAACCUGGCUUGGUGGAAAUUGUUGUUACUAAUAAAUCAGUUGCAAAAGUGUAUGCGAGGAGCUCGCCCUGUGAUGCAAAUCAAACUACUGAUGAUGCUGUAGAAUCUCCUACCACUGGAGCCCCUGCCAAAAGAAAGAUAAGCCAAAAUAAGUACUACUACAUAGGGAGUGUUGAAUCUUUCGAGGAGAAGCUAGAGGAAGUCCUAGAAGCAUUGGGGAUAGAUCCUCAUAAUUAUGUUCCUGUAACUUAUGUAAGUGAAGUGAACCGGUUCCAGGAGUUGCUGCGCUUUGGACCCACACUCUUGCUCCUGGGGACCUUUUGGUUUAUGGGGAGAAGAAUGCAAAGUGGAUUUGAAGUUGGUGGGCCUGGGGGACGAGGUGGUCGUGGAAUAUUUAAUAUUGGAAAGGCGCAGAUCACAAAAAUGGACAAGAAUGCGAAGGACAAGGUCCUUUUUAAUGAUGUUGCUGGCUGUGAUGAGGCAAAGCAAGAAAUUAUGGAGUUUGUGCAUUCCUUAAAGAACCAUAAGAAAUAUGAGGAAUUAGGAGCUAAGAUUCCCAAAGGUGCAUUUCUUGUUGGUCCUCCUGGCACGGGGAAGACACUUCUUGCUAAGGCAACUGCUGGUGAAUCCGGUGUGCCUUUCCUCUCUAUGUCUGGAUCAGAUUUUAUGAAAAUGUUCGUUGGAGUUGGGCCGUCAAGAGUGAGAAGCUUAUUCCAAGAGGCAAGGCAAUGUGCUCCUAGUAUCAUAUUUAUUGAUGAGAUUGAUGCAAUAGGUAGAGCAAGGGGUCGUGGAGGCUUUUCUGGUGGCAAUGAUGAGCGUGAAAGUACUCUUAAUCAGUUGCUUGUAGAAAUGCAUGGAUUUGGAACAACUUCUGGAGUUGUUGUGUUUGAUGGCACUAAUAGGCCUGAUAUUUUAGACAGAGCCCUGUUGAGACCAGGUUGGUUUGAUCGUCAAAUUACAAUUGACAUUGACAUUAAGGGUCGUGGCCAAGUCUUUCAGAUAUGCUUGAAGAAACUAAAACUUGAUAAUGAGCCAUCAUAUUGCUCUCGGUGACUUGCCACUCUAACCCCUGGUUUUGCUGGAGUAGACAUUGCAAAUGUUUGCAAUGAAGCAGCAUUGAUUGCUGCCAGAAAUGGAAGUGCUGUGAUAACCAUGGAACAUUUUGAGGCAGCUGUAGACAGAGUAAUAGGUGGUUUAGAAAAGAAGAACAAGGUUAUAAGCAAGUUGGAAAGGCGAACAGUCGCUUACCAUGAAUCUGGCCAUGCUGUUGCUGGUUGGUUCUUGGAACAUGCGGAACCAUUGCUUAAAGUAACUAUUGUUCCUCGUGGUAUCGCAACAUUAGGAUUUGCACAGUAUGUUCCCAAUGAAAAUCUUCUAAUGACCAAAGAGCAGCUUUCUGAUGUGGCUUGCAUGACACUAGGUGGUCGAGCUGCUAAGCAGGUUUUGUUGAGGAAGAUAUCAACUGGAGCGCAGAGUGACUUGAAGAAAGUAACCAAGAUGACCUAUGCCCAGGUGGCAGUGUAUGGUUUCAGUGACAAGGUUGGUUUGCUCUCUGUCCCUCAAAGGGACGCAUUCGAGAUGACCAAGCCUUACAGCAGCAAGACUGGUGCAAUAAUUGACAGCGAAGUAAGAGAGUGGGUGGUUAAGGCAUAUGAACCAACAAUGCAGCUGAUAGAGGAGCACAAAGAGCAUGUGGCUCAGGUCGCAGAAUUGCUUCGAAAAGAGGUCCUUCACCAGGAGGACUUGAUUCGGAUCCUAGGGAAACGGCCUUUUAAGUCGAGUGAACCCACAAAUUAUGAAAGGUUUAAACAAGGGUUCCAAGAAGAAAACAAGGAACCCAAGGACACAAAAGACGAAGGUAGAACUGCAGGGGAUGAUGGUUCAACUCCCUUGAAACCUGAGGUGGUGCCUGCAUAGUUCUUUCCUAUGGUUGUCUAAAAAUAUAUUCUUUUCAGAUGUUAAUUAACAUACUCAUUUCGCCUCCAAUUUAUCCAAAUCAAACUUGAAGCUGUAAAAGGGAAAACCGAAUGUCUAAACCGAAAAUGAGAUAGUCCUUCUCUGAUUUUGGUCUUGAAUUAAGCCACUGAUUUGAUUUGUUCAUGGUUUGCGUAUCUAAGCUGUGUCAAUCUAGCAUCGUUGUUGGCACAGCUUUUAAGGUUAAAAGCUGUUUCCUACAGCAAGAACAAUGCUAAACAUAAAAAAUAAAGGUUAAAAGCUGUGUCAUAUGAUUCUCUUUGCUCGCAACACUUGUACUAAUAGAAAGUUCGCCUUCUUUUGUUUUAUAUUUCAAUUUCCUUUCAUGAAAUUUUGAAUGUCACAAAUUUACAAACUAGAAUAUAAAUAGCUUUUUCCUUGAUUUUUGACAUUA